UAGGUUGAGCCUCUGCACAGGGGCAGUCUUACCUGGCUAAGCACAGACUCUCCCCUUGGGACUUUUUCCUGCUUUGCAAAAUGAUGACCAUCUCUUUGAUUUGGGGGCUUGCUGUGGUGUGCGUCAUAUGGGUUAUCUUUGGCAUAAGGAGAAGGAAAGCAGGUGAGCCUCCUCUGGAGAACGGGUUGAUCCCGUACUUGGGUUGCGCUCUGAAAUUCGGGUCCAAUCCUCUCGAGUUUCUGAGAGCAAAUCAAAGGAAGCACGGCCAUGUUUUUACCUGCAAACUAAUGGGGAGAUACGUCCACUUCGUCACCAACUCCUCGUCAUACCCUAAGGUGUUAAGUCAUGGAAAAUAUUUUGAUUGGAAAAAAUUCCAUUACACGACUUCUGCGAAGGCAUUUGGACACAGAAGCAUUGACCCAAGUGAUGGAAAUACCACGGAAAACAUAAACAACACUUUCGCCAAAACCCUCCAGGGAGACGCUUUGCACUCACUCUCUGAAGUCAUGAUGCAAAACCUCCAAUUGACCUUGAGGCCUCCUGGUCUUCCUAAAUCAGAGAGUGCUGUCUGGGUCACCGAAGGGAUGUACGCCUUCUGCUACCGAGUGAUGUUUGAAGCCGGAUAUCUAACUCUGUUUGGUAGAGAUACUUCAAAGCCAGAUGCACAAAGAGCUCUUAUUCUCAACAACCUUGACAACUUCAAGCAAUUUGACCAAGUCUUUCCCGCGCUGGUGGCAGGCCUCCCUAUUCGCUUGUUCAGGAUGGCACAUAAGGCCCGGGAAAAACUGGCUGAGGGCUUGAAGCAUAAGAACCUCUCUAAGAGGGAACAGGUCUCUGAACUGAUCAGUCUGCGCAUGUUUCUCAAUGACACUCUCUCCACCUUUGAUGACGCAGAGAAGGCCAAGACGCACCUCGCUAUCCUCUGGGCAUCUCAAGCAAACACCAUUCCUGCAACCUUCUGGAGCCUGUUUCAGAUGAUCAGGAGUCCUGAAGCAUUGAAAGCAGCCUCUGAAGAAGUGAACGGAGCAUUGCAGAGCGCUGGCCAAAAUCCCAGCUGUGAAGGGAACACUAUUUAUUUGGAUCAAAUGCAGCUGAACGACCUGCCGGUCCUAGACAGCAUCAUCAAAGAGGCGCUGAGACUGUCUAGUGCGUCCUUGAAUAUCCGGACUGCUAAGGAGGAUUUCACUUUACACCUGGAAGAUGGUUCCUAUAGCAUCCGAAAAGAUGACAUCAUAGCUCUUUACCCGCAGCUAAUGCAUUUGGAUCCUGAAAUCUACCCAGAUCCUCUGACUUUUAAAUAUGACCGAUACCUUGACGAGAACGGGAAGGCAAAGACCUCCUUCUACAGCAAUGGGAGCAAACUGAAGUGUUUCUACAUGCCAUUUGGAUCUGGAGCUACAAUAUGCCCUGGAAGACUAUUUGCUGUCCAAGAGAUCAAGCAAUUUUUGAUUCUGAUGCUUUCGUGCUUUGAACUGGAACUUGUAGAGAGCCCUGUCCAGUGUCCCCCUCUCGAUCAGUCCAGGGCAGGCUUGGGAAUUCUGCCACCAUUACAUGAUAUUGAGUUUAAAUACAAACUGAAACAUUUGUGACCUGUGGUUGGAAGAAGAGGACCCUGGAUGAUGUUACUGGACUCUAGAGAGUCUCACUAAACAGGCCCUUGGGACAAAUGCUCACCGAUGCUUCCCAGGGACUGACUGUAUCUGUGAAAAGAACUGGUACUCAGGGUACCAUUCUCUGUUCUUGCUGCCUGGUUUCUGAGUGCUCAGAUAGCUGAGGCCUGAGUUUCAUCACUCUCAGAAGCAAUGUCUUUUGUUUUUAUUUUCAAAAUGAAGAUAUUACAAUUAGCAGGAUUUUUCCUAAGGAAAUUGCAUAUUUAAUAAUUUCGUAAAAUAUAUUUUUAUGAAAACUAUUGAUUAAUUAUGAAAAGGCUUCAAAUUCACGUUUUAGUGAAAUUGUUAUUUUUCAUGAGUAGGUUCUUCAGGUGUGAGCACAUAUUAUAAAAAGGUUUUAAGGGAUCACAGCAUACUUUGCUUAAAGGAAAAAAAAAAGAUUAUCCAGCCUUUCCUCUGCCUAAUGGUGAGAGCUUUGACAACAAUGCUACCGUUCUGGAGACACUGUGGGAGUAUAGCACUUUCCUGUCAUGUUUCAAGAGGUUGUUGCUGGAAAUCCUCAUUCCGGUGUUUCAACUGCCUAUCUCUCUUCUUUUUUCAUCAUUCACACCAAUGAGAAGAGCGAUUCUCAGAGAUUAAAAAGCACUUCCCCAGAACCCACCGCUGAUUCCUUUAUAUUUCCUCAGAACCUCACCUCUGUCACCUUUAAGCCUUUCCAGCACUGGAGAGGCAGAGGCAGAGGCAGAGGCAGAGGCAGAGGCAGAGGCAGAGGCAGAGGCAGAGGCAGAGGCAGAGGCAGAGGCAGAGGCAGAGGCAGAGGCAGAGGCAGAGGCAGAGGCAGAGGCAGAGGCAGAGGCAGAGGCAGAGGCAGAGGCAGAGAUUUCUGGGAGUUUGAUGUCAGCCUGGUUCACAGAGUGAGUUCCAGGCAAGCCAGGGCUACAGAAUAAGACCUUGUCUCACUGAAAAAUAAAUAAAUAAUAUAAUUAAUAAAGUCAAUUCUAUGUUAUAAUUGAUUAUGAAUUAAUGUAAAUGAGAUUUAAAAUCAACUCUAAGGAAAUGACCAUUCAAAAUGGUCUAUUUUAGCUAUUUAACUAAAAUGUGCAAAUUGACAUUAUAUGUUCUUUUAAGAUGUCAUGUUUUAUCUCUAAAUGCCUCGUAGAUGAAGAUCAACAAUAGUGUUUAAAUACCGAGUGCAAUAACGCAUUGUAAUGUUCUUUAAGAGUGUUAUUAGCUGUGCCAUUUUUACUGACAUACAUACAUAUAUUUUUAUACAAAUUAUAUUUAUCUUUUUCCUUGUACUAUAACUGUAAGAAAAAAAAUUGUAACAUCUAGUAAUUUAAAAACUAUCCACCUUUCAGAAUUGAACAUGUUUUUGUUUUAAACUUUGCAAAAGAAAGUUUAAAUUAUUCAUCUACUGAUAAGUUAAAAAAUUUUAUCUGAUUUAUUUAAAAUAUUCACAAUUUCAAGAAACCCAAAAAUUUCAAAAUAAUCAUUUACUUAAAAGUCUCCCCAGGAUUACAGAAAAUCCAAUGAAAUGUUUUUGUGUGGGGGACUGAGCCGUGGUCCAGUGGAUGCUCAGCAGGUCCUCCAAUAGUGAGCUGCAUCUGUAAGACUCCUAGAACUUUUAAAAUCUUAUCACUAAACAUUAGCUUGGAGCUAUUACCUAGGCAGGAUAUUUUCCUUUCCUUUACGUUUGACAGAGUCCGACAGCGAGGCAGCUGGCUGGAGCUCUCCGCAUAGCUUGAGCAGGCUUUGACCUCACUCAACUCUUGCUUUUCCCUUUCUAGGAAGUUAUUUUCCAUAUCAAGAAAAUUAAAUUCUUUAGAUGAGGCAUAGGAAUAACAAAAUUCUGUUAUAUACUAAUCUACAUUAAAUUGAAUUUCUAAUGUGUUUUUCAAGUAACUUUGAUGAGUCCUUGAAUUGAAUGCACCUUUAUACCUUUCCAUGGCUUUUCAAGAGAGUGUUUUCCGUGCACAAAACGAUGGGUGUCAUAGUGAUGUCUUGGUUCCAGGUCUUUCGUCCUGUGCAGUGAUGGCUGACAAUUGGUAGCCGAUGAACCAAAGGUACUCUUUCUGCUUUUGUGCGGCCUAAGUGUUAAGAAUGUUUUUACAUUUUAAAUGCUUAGAAGAAAAGCAAAAGAGACCAUUUUGUGUCAUAUAUGAAGUGUGUAAAAUGCAGACUGGCACACCAAUGAGUAAAGUUUUAUUGGGAUAUCAUA